CAUGGGGAAUGUCAACAGGCAGAGGCAGCGCUGCAGAGAUUUCAUCAUGGUCUCCCAAGCCCUCGGGCUCCUCUGCCUUCUGCUUGGGCUUCAGGGCUGUCUGGCUGCAGUCUUCGUAACCCAGGAGGAAGCCCAUGGCGUCCUGCACAGGCAGCGGCGCGCCAACUCGUUCCUGGAGGAGCUGCGGCCGGGCUCCCUGGAGAGGGAGUGCAAGGAGGAGCAAUGCUCCUUCGAGGAGGCCCGGGAGAUCUUCAAGGACCUGGAGAGGACGAAGCUGUUCUGGAUUUCUUACAGUGAUGGGGACCAGUGUGCCUCAAAUCCGUGCCAGAAUGGGGGCUCCUGCAAGGACCAGCUCCAGUCCUAUAUCUGCUUCUGCCUCCCUUCCUUCGAGGGCCGGAACUGUGAGAAGAACAAGGACGACCAGCUGAUCUGCGUGAACGAGAACGGCGGCUGUGAGCAGUACUGCAGUGACCGCGCGGGUGCCAAGCGCUCCUGUUGGUGCCACGAGGGGUACUCGCUGCUGGCAGACGGGGUGUCCUGCAUGCCCACAGUUGAAUAUCCAUGUGGAAAAAUACCUAUUCUGGAAAAAAGAAAUGCCAGCAAACCCCAAGGCCGAAUUGUCGGGGGCAGGGUGUGCCCCAAAGGGGAGUGUCCAUGGCAGGUCCUGUUGUUGGUGAAUGGAGCUCAGCUGUGUGGAGGGACCCUGAUAAACACCAUCUGGGUGGUCUCUGCGGCCCACUGUUUCGACAAAAUCAAGAGCUGGAGGAACUUGACCGCGGUGCUGGGCGAGCACGACCUCAGCGAGCACGAAGGGGAUGAGCAGAGCCGGCGGGUGGCGCAGGUCAUCAUCCCCAGCACGUAUGUCCUGGGCGCCACCAACCACGACAUUGCGCUGCUCCGCCUGCAGCGGCCCGUGGUCCUCACUGACCAUGUGGUGCCCCUCUGCCUGCCCGAACGGACGUUCUCCGAGAGGACGCUGGCCUUCGUGCGCUUCUCGUUGGUCAGCGGCUGGGGUCAGCUGCUGGACCGUGGUGCCACAGCCCUGGAGCUCAUGGCCCUCAACGUGCCCCGGCUGAUGACCCAGGACUGCCUGCAGCAGUCACGGAAGGCGGAAGCCUCCCCGAAUAUCACGGAGUACAUGUUCUGUGCCGGCUACUCGGACGGCAGCAGGGACUCCUGCAAGGGGGACAGUGGAGGCCCACACGCCACCCGCUACCGGGGCACGUGGUACCUGACAGGCAUCGUCAGCUGGGGCCAGGGCUGCGCGGCCGUGGGCCACUUCGGGGUGUACACCAGGGUCUCCCAGUACAUCGAGUGGCUGCAAAAGCUCAUGCACUCAGAGCCACGCCCAGGCAUCCUCCUGCGAGCCCCAUUUCCCUAGCCUAGCAGCCCUGCCCCCUGGAGAGAAAGCCAAGGCUGUGUAGAACUGUCCUGGCACAAAAUCCCAUCGAUUCUUCUGCAGUUCAUGGGGUAGAGGAGGGCAUGGGAGGGAGGGAGAGGUGGGGAGGGAGACAGAGACAGAAACAGAGAGACAAAGAGACAGAGAGAGACUGAGGGAGAGAUUCUGAGGACAUGGAGAGACUCAAAGAGACUCCAAGAUUCAAAGAGCUUAAUAGAGACACAGAGAAGGAAUAGAAAAGAUGAGAUGCAGAGGCAGACAGGCGCUGGACAGAGGGGCAGGGGAAUGCCGCGGUUGUCCUGGAGGCAGACAGCCCAGCUGAGCCUCCUUAUCUCUCUUCAGCCAAGCCCACCUGCCCGUGAUCUGCUGGCCUCAGGCUGCUGUUCUGCCUUCAUUGCUGGAGACACUAGAGGCAUGUACACACGUGGAUGCAUACACACACACCAAUGCACACACACAGAGAUAUGCACACACACGGAUGCACACACAGAGGGUCACACAGAGAUAUGCACAUACACGGAUGCAUAUACACAGAUAUGCGCACACACAGAUGCGUGCACACCACACCAAUGCACACACACACUAAUGCACACACACGGAUGCAGAGAGAUAUGCACACACCGAUGUGCACAUACACAGAUAUGCACACACACAGAUGCACACAGAUAUGCACACACACGGAUGAGUGCACACACACCAAUGUACACACACAGAUAUGCACACACGGAUGCACACACACCAAUGCUGACUCCAUGUGUGCUGUCCUCCAAAGGCGGUUGUUUAGCUCUCACUUUUCUCGUUCUUAUCCAUUAUCAUCUUCAUUUCAGACAAUUCAGAAGCAUCACCAUGCAUGUUGGCAAAUGCCCCAAACUCUCCCCCAAAUGUAUUUCUCCCUACGCUGGGUGCCGGGCUGCACAGGCCGUUCCCCACCGGCUUCCCAACUUCACAAUAAAUGGCUGCAUCUCCUCCGCACGCCUGUGGGGCCUGCCACCCACCGUGUAGCCUGUGAUUCAUUUUCAGAGCCCCCAGUGCUCAUCCUCUGAGAUGCUUUUUUCUUUCACAGUUUUCAGCAUCACUGAAAUGAACCCUCACAUGGCAGCUGUUCUUUUUAAAAACAAAAGCUCUUUGAUAGAUGUUUGAGGCUGUAGCUCCCAGGACCCUGUGGAAUUGGAUGUUCUCUCCCUGCCACAGCCCUUGUCAAUGAUAUUUCGCAGAGACCCUGGGAGCACCUGCUCGAGAAUCAGGGACAUACCACUAAAUGGAGGGUCCCAGGCCCUGGCUGCAGUGGGAGGACCUGGCAAGCUGCACUCUUGCUGAGUCCCCAGGGUGGUGGGGGAAGAAUGAGAAACACAUGAGCAGAGAAAUGGGGAGGUGACAGACACUGCUCGCACUCAGACUCCGGCAAGCAUGGCUCAGAGAGCGGACUCAAUGCCAUCCCUGCAGGGCCGUCCUGGGCACCAGUGGCGCUCACAGCAGCAAGG